UUGGUGAAGCAUUCUAAUACGUUCCGGAGUCGUGUUUUGAUAUUGAAAUGGUGUUUGAUGUAUUAGUAAUUCUUUUUAGUGAGUUAAAGUGCAUUUGAAAUUGGGAAGCAGAUGGUGAAGUCUGUGGGCAUCUGAGAAAGUUCCUGGAGAACUCUGCGAUAUGCUUCUCGUGAUUGCUCACCAUUAAAAUAUCGUAUAGUUUACCUUUUCAAUUUAUGGAACUUGAUUCGGUCAUUGAAAAUGCCAUCUGUGUUUUUAUAUGUAUACAACUCUGAUUUUUUAUGCUGUUAUAGUAAUUGAUAAUUUUGUUUGCGUAUGGGAAGUCAAGAGUUCAUAAUAAUCUGGGCACCUUAUGCUGAAGAUAUAUGGCAUUAGUAAAAUAGUUUUUGCAAAAUGAACAAGUAGAAGAUUUUGGGUUUCUGUAAAUCUGAUUAUAUUUUGUCAAUUCCUUGCCUAAGAAAACCUAGUUUGUUGGACUUUUAAGGUAGUUUUUUUUAUUGCAAUUGUUAUACUAUGAACGCGGUGUCAGUGGGAUUGGCCGAGGCACAUGGGUUUGUAUCUUGUGGUCUCAUGUUUGAAACCCUAAGGUACCUACCUUGCAAUUCCCCCACAGAUUGUAGGUUGGGCACUGGAUCCAGUUUAGAAGCUGUGUCAGCAAAGCUGCAUGUGGAGUCCUGAAUUAUAAAAAAAUGAAAAAAAAAAUAUUUGUACUGUUACUGUAACCUUUCUUAUUUGUGUCAGCAAAGCCGCAUAUGGAGUCCUGAGUUAUAAAAAAAUGAAAAACAAAUUGUACUGUUACCGUAACCUUUCUUAUUUUUGUGUGUGUAUGUUGGUUGUGUAUGUGUGACAGAUUUAUUUGUACUAAAAUUGAUGCCAGGUUAUUGAAUUUAAAGAGUGAACAGGUUGUAUGGAUGCAUCUAUUGUGCUUGCUUGAUAGAUUUAACUGUGCGUUUAUCUUAGCUGCAGUAUUUGGGUUAAUUUCAUUCUGUAGGCUAUUUGUUAACAAAGAAGAUAUAUCAAGUUGUCCUUUUCAGGCUAUAGGUUAUUUGUUAACAGAGAAGAUAUAUCAAGUUGUUCUUACAAGGAAGGGUUAUUUCUCGGCAAGGAGGCAAGGAAUGCGUUAUAGCAUGACCUUUUGAUGCCCAUGCAAUGUCGGGUUUACUUAAUUCUUCUCUAAACGGAUCAGCCUCAAAUAUUCCAGACAAUAGUGGGCGAUUUGCGUCAUCUUUCUCUGGUCAAUCUGGUGCAGCUUCUCCUGUUUUUCAUCACUCAGGAAGUAUUCAGGGAUUGCAUAACAUUCAUGGGAGCUUCAGUGUUCCCAAUAUGCCAGGUACUUUAACAUCAAGAAGUUCAACAUUAAAUAAUGUUCCUUCCGGUGGAGUACAACAACCAACUGGAAGCCUCUCUGGCGGACGAUUCACAUCAAAUAACCUUCCUGUUGCUUUGUCUCAGUUAUCUCAUGGAAGCUCCCAUGGACAUUCAGGAAUCACUAAUAGAGGAGGGUUGGGCGUGUCCCCAAUUUUGGGAAAUGCUGGCCGGAUUACAAGUUCCAUGGGAAACAUGGUUGGUGGGGGCAACAUUGGGAGGAGUAUUAGCUCUGGUGGAGGUUUGUCAGUGCCUGGUCUUGCUUCUCGUCUAAAUUUAAGUGCAAAUAGUGGAUCUGGAAGCUUAACUGUCCAAGGGCAAAAUCGCUUGAUGAGUGGUGUGCUACCACAAGGUUCUCCGCAAGUAAUUUCGAUGCUUGGAAAUUCUUAUCCUAAUCCUGGAGGUCCACUUUCUCAAAGCCAUGUCCAAGUGAAUAACUUGAGCUCUAUGGGAAUAAUGAAUGAUGUGAAUUCUAAUGACAGUUCUCCUUUUGACAUCAAUGAUUUCCCUUCAUUAACAAGUCGUCCUAGUUCUGCGGGAGGGCCCCAGGGGCAAUUGGGUUCACUACGAAAACAAGGCCUUGGCGUUAGUCCUAUUGUUCAACAGAACCAAGAGUUCAGCAUCCAAAAUGAGGACUUUCCAGCUUUACCAGGAUUUAAAGGUGGUAAUGCUGAAUAUGGGAUUGAUAUGCACCAGAAAGAACAACUCCAUGACAAUGCUGUGUCAAUGAUGCAAUCUCAGCACUUCUCAAUGGGAAGGUCCUCAGGAUUUAACUUGGGGGGUGCUUAUUCUUCUCAUAGGCCACAACAACAGCAACAACAUGCUCCAUCAGUCAGCAGUAGUGGUGUCUCGUUUUCACAAGUAAACAAUCAGGAUUUUCUCCAUAUGCAUGGUUCAGACAUAUUCCCAUCAUCACAUUCAACAUAUCAUUCACAGACUAGUGGAGGACCUCCUGGCAUUGGAUUAAGACCUCUGAAUUCUGCCAAUUCAGUUUCUGGUAUGGGUUCAUAUGACCAGCUUAUUCAGCAGUAUCAACAACAAAAUCAAUCCCAGUUUCGCCUGCAACAGAUGUCAGCUGGAAAUCAAUCAUUUAGGGAUCAGGGAAUGAAAUCAAUGCAGUCAGCGCAAUCCGCUCCAGACCUAUUUGGUUUGCUUGGAUUGUUAAGUGUCAUAAGGAUGAGCGAUCCUGAUCUUACAUCGCUUGCACUUGGAAUUGAUUUGACAACACUGGGAUUAAACUUGAAUUCAACAGAAAAUCUUCACAAGACUUUUGGUUCCCCGUGGUCUGACGAGCCAGCUAAGGGUGAUCCAGAGUUUGGUGUUCCUCAAUGUUACUAUACUAAACAACCGCCUGUACUACAUCAAGGGUAUUUUUCAAAGUUUUCUGUGGAAACGUUGUUCUAUAUCUUUUACAGCAUGCCCAAAGACGAAGCCCAAUUAUAUGCUGCCUAUGAACUUAAUAAUAGAGGCUGGUUUUAUCACAAGGAGCACCGUCUAUGGUUCAUAAGGGUACCGAACAUGGAGCCACUUGUGAAGACCAACGCGUACGAGAAAGGAUCUUAUCACUGCUUUGAUCCCAAUACAUUUGAAACAAUCCGAAAGGAUAAUUUUGUGGUGCAUUAUGAGUUGUUGGAGAAGAGACCGACGUUACCACAGCAUUGACAACCUCUUAAUAUUUUAGAAUGUAAAGUUUCAGUUGAUGGAUUUCAUUCAUUAGAACGUAAAUCAGUUUGCCGUAUCAAUGUUCUUUCAAUUUAGCCAUGUAAGCCAUUGUCUUAUACACCUUAUUGCAGUGUUCAGCUAAUCAGCUUCUUACCCUUUC